AUGUCGCAAUAUCAACAGUACUACCUGUUUUCUCUCCCCCGAGAACUCUUGGAUACCCUCGUGCCCAGAAAUAUCCUCUCCCAAGUGCCCGAACCCGUGCCCCCUCCUCGUAUUGAAUCCUCCGCCCAACAGGCCCCUGGCUCGCGCGCCUGCAACAUCUGUCUCGGCGCAGCCUUUGUCGACGUCGAAGACCAGCGCGCCCACUUCCGCUCCGAUUGGCACAGAUACAACGUCAAAGUGCGCCUCAACGGCGCCGAUCCCGUCACCGAGCAGCACUUCGCCCAGCUGGUUGAUGGCCUCGAAGACUCCAUAUCUGGCUCCGCGUCCUCCUCCGAUGGAGAAGACUCUUCCGACGGGGACGACGCCGUCGCCGCUCUCGUCCAAAAAACUCGCAAGCUCGCGCGCCCUUCCUCCCCAGACGAAACCGCGCGCACCAUACCCCAAAUACCCCUAGUAUGGUUCCAUUCCCCUCCCGCGACCCAGAUCGGCAUCUACCGCACGGUAUUCUCCACCUCCACCCCGCCUCCGGAGUACCUCUCCGAGCUCAAGCAGAUGCAAUCCGGCGGCGAGCACGGCAGGACGUGGGCCCUGUUCAUGACUGCAGGCGGUCACUUUGCCGGUGCCAUCGUGCGCGUGAAGCGGCCGGACGGCGACGAUGACGACGGAGGGCUCACCAAGAAGGGUAAGCCCAGGCGGCCCAAGCCCGAGCUCGAGGUCCUCAAGCACAAGACGUUCCAUCGCUACACCACGCGUCGAAAGCAGGGUGGGUCGCAGUCCUUGAACGAUAAUGCAAAGAGCAAGGCCGUCAGUGCCGGUGCAAUGCUCCGUCGUUACGGAGAGCAAGCUUUGCGAGACGAUAUCCGCAAUUUGCUCGCGGACUGGGCGGAGGACAUCUAUGACUGUGAACGCAUCUUCAUCCGCGCGAGCGUCUCCAAUCGCCGCAUCUUCCUCGACUACGAAGGCGCAGUCAUCGAGAAAGGGGACGAACGUCUCAGAGGGUUUCCCUUCCCUACACGACGUCCGACCCAAGCAGAGCUCACCCGAUGCCUCCAAGAGCUCACCAGGGUCAAAGUCUCCCACCUCACCGAAGACGCUCUCCGCGCCCAAGACGAGGCGCUCCUCGCCUCCCUCCCCAAGCCCAAGCCCCAACCCACACCCGCCCCGCACCCCGAAGCCGCGAAGCACAAGGACAAACCAGCCGCAUCCCAACUCUCCCCCGAAGAAGAGCUCCUCCGCGACAAAUGGGCCCGGCUCCUCGACAUGGUCAAGCGCGGCCGCCUCGACGCCCUCAAGCCGUUCUGGGCCCGCGAAGCCGCAGCCCUCGGCGGCGUCGACGCCGCCGUGCCCGAGUGGGCCGCCGAGAGCGGCGGCGGCGGCACCCUCCUCCAGGUCGCCGCGCGCGCCGGCCAGGCGGAGGUCGCGCAAUGGCUCCUCGAAGACCUCCGCGCGGACCCCACCCUCGCCGUCCCCGCGCCCUCCCCCGGCACCGGCGCGAGCGCCGCGGCGGACGACUCCGGCUCGGGCGCCGAGUCCGACUCCUCGGACGCGCCGCGGCUCCCGCGCGGGCGCGGCGGGCGGCGGACGGCGUACGACCUCGCGCGGACGAAGGAGGUGCGGAACGUCUUCCGGCGUGCGGCCGCGGCGCACCCCGACUGGUGGGACUGGCUCGGGACCGAGCGCGGGGCGCGCGUGCCGAGCGUGCUGAGCGCAGAGAUGGAGGAGGGGCGCGAGGGGAAGAAGAAGGCGCGUCGGAAGGGGCUGAAGGACAAGGUGAAGGAGCGCGAGGUGCGGGAGAGGGAGAGGGAGGCCGCGACGCCGUCGCCUCCGCCGCCUCCCGUGCAGGAGGCGAGGCGGCAGAGGGAGGAGUUGUCGAACGGGGGCCCGAGGAGGCUUGGGGGGUCGACGGGCGGGGCGGAGAGCGUGGCUGGGCUGACGCCGGAGAUGAGGGCGAAGAUAGAGCGGGAGAGGAGGGCGCGCGCGGCGGAGGCGCGACUGAGGGCUCUCGGAGGCGGUCGCUGAGUUGUGCACAAUCACGCUGUACCUUUACGAAGCAUGUUGGCACAGCGAACCGUUUACCUACGCAUUCGACGAUUUAAAACGUA